AUGUUCAAUCCCCUACACCCGCCACCUGCACCACCUUGUUUUGCAAAUGACCUUGUAUCGCCAGAGGAGAACACGACAUUUUUUUCGAGGUUGUUCUUUCAGUGGUUAGGCCCAUUUCUCGCUGUUGGUUUCUCAAGACCUCUAGAGAAUGAAGAUCUAUGGCGCUUGCCCCCAAAACAUACCGCCGGUUCGAUCACGGACGAUAUAGAAGUAAAUUUCUAUUCACGGUGUCCGCCUGAACACAGGCCUUUUGCCCUCCGUCACAAAAUUCCCAGCGGCGUUGAAAAUACACACUCCCCAAGAAAAUCAUCUAGCGAUGUUGAAAAGGCCGUACUUGAUACUGAAGAGAAUGUGGCAGCCCAAACAGGGUAUGGUUUAUCUCUAGCCAAGGCGCUUCAUCGGAAGUUCUUCGUCCGGUUCUGGUCAGCUGGUUUCUGCGUGCUAGUUCUAGAAACUUUGGAGACCACAACGCCUUUAUUGACAAAACUUUUAUUGGCUUGGUUAACUGCCUCGUAUGAUUACUACCGCCUGUCGGAUGAGCAAAAAGUGUCGGGAUUAGUGGACCGUCCACCGGGUAUUGGUUAUGGGAUCGGACUCGCCUUCGCAAUUUUUGCGAUGCAGGGUAUGAUAGUCCUACUCAUGAAUCAUUCCUUGCAUCUGAACAUGACAACCGGGCUGCUGUUAAGGACUGGGGUCAUUGGAAGUAUCUUUCGAAAAUCGCUGAGACUUUCUGGACGAGCCCGGAUUGAGCAUAGCGUUGGGACGAUCACAACCAUGAUUUCUGCAGAUGCGAAUCAUCUUGACCAGCUUUGCAUGUAUAUUCACCAUAUCUGGGUAGCUCCAAUUCAGAUUGCGAUCGUCGUCUGGCUUCUUGUUAACAACCUUAGAUAUUCUGCCUUGGUCGGUGUCUGUGCUCUCGUUCUCAGCUUCCCAAUGCAAGUUUUUAUUGGCCGUAUCAUGGUUGGUCUUCGAAAGAAAUGCGUUAAGAUCACAGAUGCUCGCGUGCGAAGCACGACAGAGGUUCUUCAAGGCAUUCGACUAAUAAAGUUCUACGCAUCGGAAACUUUUUACUCCUUGCAGAUUGGUACCUUGCGUCAGAAAGAGAUUCGUGUAAUCAAGCAGGCGGCGUUUGCUCGAUCGGCUCUCACUGCCGUCAGCACUUUUAUACCUGUUCUUGCGUCGGUCCUGUCAUUUAUCACGUAUGGGCUCACUGGUCAUAACCUCGACGUUGCCAUCAUUUUCAGUUCUCUACAAUUGUUCAAUAUUAUUCGAACACAUCUCAUGUACUUUCCUCUCAACGCCAUUGCCGUCUCAGAUGCAUUGGUGGCAAUGGGUCGUAUCUCCAAGUUCCUGACUGCUGAAGAGCUUUCUAACCAGUACAUCGUCAAUGAGCACAGUAACUUUGCUGUGGAAGUCAACGGGACGUUCACUUGGGAAACUGUGGAGCAACCCGAUAGUCUAUCUCUUCACGGACGAAAACCCGACAAGCGGAAUAAACAGAAGAUCGAAAAUAUGUUGUCCAUCUCCGAGGCGGAUGUCGAUGAAGCCUCUGGCAAACCCUUCGAACUUCGAGAUUUGUGUAUGACUGUACCCAAGGGAAGUUUCGUCGCCAUCGUAGGUCGUGUCGGAUCCGGGAAGAGCACCAUUCUGCAAGCCCUGGUCGGUGAGAUGCGGCGAAUUAAAGGCGAUGUCAUUUUCGGUGGUUCGUUGGCCUACGCGCCCCAGGUUGCCUGGAUCAGGAAUGCCACUUUGCGUGAGAACAUCUUAUUCGGCCAGAAACUCGAUGAAGACAGACUCCGGGAAGUUAUUAGCGCAUGUGGUCUAGAACGUGAUCUUGCGAUGCUUCCCCAUGGAGAAGAGACCGAAAUUGGCGAGAAGGGAAUUAACUUGAGUGGUGCGCAGUUUACAUCAUCUCUUGCUCGUGUAUCAUUGGCCCGUGUUGCAUACUCCCCAUCAGAUAUAGUACUUCUUGAUGAUCCACUCUCAGCCGUCGACGCCUGUGUCGGCAAGUCAAUUGUAGACAAUUGCUUGCUUAAGGGACCACUUGCUUCGAAAACGAGGAUUCUUGUGACGCAUGCCUUGCACGUCCUAAAUAUGGUGGACUAUAUAUACGUCGUUGACAAGGGCACAAUUAAAGAACAGGGCACGUUUGCGGACCUCAUGGAGAGUAGCGUUAUCUUUUCCCGUAUCAUGGAAGAAUAUGGUGCAGCAGAAAAAGACGUGGAUGUGCCAGAGAAAAGUGACAUCGCGGACCUCAAGAUUGUCGCAGAUAAAUCAGAUCAUAGGAAUGGCGUUCUCAUGCAGGCGGAAGAAAGACAUAGAGGCUCUGUUACUUGGGCGACGUAUCACGACUACCUGCGUGCCGCUGGAGGUGUUAUCUGGGCCCCGAUUCUGCUGUCCCUGCUAAUAUUGAAUCAGUGCUCCCAAGUUGGAAACACCGUCUUUUUGGGUAUUUGGACAGUGGAUGGUAUUCAUGGAUUCACCCAAGGGCAGUAUAUGGCUGCGUAUGCCGCUCUCGGUGUCUCCCAAGCCGUCUUUACUUUUUUGGUGGCUGCAGGCUUCAACAUGGCUGCACUCUUUGCUAGUUUAUCCUUGUCCAAAACCUCUUUGACUAGAGUGUUGAGCUCUCCUGUUUCUUUCUUCGACAUGACUCCCGUCGGCCGGAUAUUGUCAAGACUUUCUGGGGACCAAGAUGUUUUGGAUAAUGGACUGGCCACGAACCUCGCACAGUUUUUGAUUGCAUCCAGCUCCUUCAUUGGAACUUUCGUACUUGUCUUAUACACAUUCCCGUUGCUCGGGAUUAUCUUUGGCCCUAUGAUUGUUCUGUACUACUCAGUAUCGCUGUAUUACCGUCGAACGUCUGUGGAGACCAAGCGACUUGGUUCCCUUAUGCGUUCGGCUCUGUAUCGUUCUUACUCAGAGACAUUGACCGGCCUUGCGACAAUCCGAGCUUUCAAUAGUCAGGAUCGUUGCGUGAGGAGCGCCGAAUCUAGUCUCGACUCGGAGAACAGGGCGUAUUACAUGACAAUAUCUAUUCAACGAUGGCUUAAUGUUCGACUUGAUCUUUUGGGAAACAUCCUCAUCCUUGGGAUAACCCUUUUUGCUGCCGGAUAUAGAAAUACUAUCAGUCCAUCCAAGAUCGGGGUCAUCUUGACAUAUACUUUGAACACUUCCAUGGUGACUCAGUUUGCUCAAAUUGAGCAGAACAUGAAUGCUGUUGAGCGUGUACUGGUGUACACACAGUUGCCAUUGGAAGGGAAUAGCAACACAAGCGCCGAUGAGCCUUCUGCUGAAUGGCCUGAAAAUGGUAGUAUUGGUUUUGAGGACGUUGACCUGGCUUAUAGGGAAGGACUCCCACUCGUACUUCGCGAUGUUAGCUUCAAAAUAAAUCCUGGAGAGAAGGUAGGGAUUGUAGGGAGGACUGGAGCAGAAUUUUCCACAUUAGCUCAUUCUUACUUCAGAAUUGUCGAACUUCGGAGAGGAAGCAUAACAAUAGAUGGUCGCGACAUCAGUAAAAUGAAACUUGACACCCUUCGAAGCCGCCUAGCGCUGGUACCUCAGGAUACGACCAUGUUCCUGGGAUCUUUGCGGCAUAAUCUUGAUCCUCAAGGCUCAAAAACGGAUGCUGAACUCAUUUCGGUUCUCCAGCGAGCAUGGCUUCUUCCUCCGGAUGGCGUCAAUAAUCCUAUUGCUGAGGCCAAGUUCAGUUUGGAUGCGACCGUAGGAGACGAAGGAUCUAAUUUCAGCGCGGGUGAGAAGCAAUUGCUCGCUCUUGGCCGUGCUCUGGUGAAAAAUAGUCAAAUCAUCGUACUGGAUGAAGCGACGAGUAGCGUGGAUGUCGAAACGGAUGCAAAGCUUCAAAAAACGAUUCAAACCGAGUUUGCUUCUGCAACUGUGCUUUGCAUAGCCCACAGGCUGAAUACGAUAGCUUAUUACGACCGCAUAAUGGUGAUGGAAGCCGGACAAGUGGCAGAAUUCGACACAGUUAUAAACCUAUUCGAUAAAGAGGAUUCCAUCUUUAGGUCAUUGUGCAAUGAAGCAAACCUACAACGAUCGGACAUUGAGCACAUUCGAAUAGAUCACGGAAAAACUGCCUUAUAA